CUAAUCGGAUUUCUCCCCUUAUAAACCCCAAAAAAACCCUCUUCCUCUUCAGCACUUACUUUCCCACUCUCAAUCAUCUUCUUCAAUUCUUCCCCAAAAAAAUCCCCAAAUUUCCAUUUAGGGUUUCUGCAAAUCGAAGAUAUCAAGGAAAGCCAUGAAAGCCUCCGUCAAGUUCCGCGACGAUCAGAAGCCGCUGUUCAGAGCCAAAGUCCCCCUGAGCAUUCUCGGCUUGCCUUUCCAGUCCGGAAUCGUCGCCGGCGAGUCCAAGGAGCUCACUCUCAAUCUUGGAACCUUCUUCGAAUCUGGACCGUCCAUCAGGAUCGCCUACCGUCCCAACGACACGUGGAACCCCUUCUCCCUCGUCGUCAAGACCGGCACCGGCCACUUCGGCUCGCCGGCGGCGAGUUCGAUGCUGAUGAGCGCCGAAUUCAACUUGCUCGGCCGUGGAAACCCUAGGUUCAUGCUUAACUUCAAGCCUCGCUUCGGCGAUUUCUCGAUCAGGAAAUCGCAGUCCUCGGUGUUCGACAACCUUCUUGUGAAGCCUCAGAACGGCACCGCGUCGGAGGACGACAACGGUUCGAUCGAAGUCGUCGAGUCGCCGAUGAUGUCGAUGAACGGCUCGUUCGCCGGGAAGAAGAUCGCGCUUUUCCCGUCCGAUACUUCGUCCAUCGCCGGCCUCUUUUCCGGCAUGGAUGUGACGGCGAGGACCGCCGUGCCAGUGAGGAACCGCGCGGCGGUGAACUUCCGGUGGGGAGUUAGGGUUCCGGCGGAGAUCAAGAGCGUGGCUGGGAAUCCAACGGCUGGGAUUUCGCUUCAGAAAAUCCCUUUCCUGGUGAUGAACAAGAUCGGCAUCGAACACGUGGACGGUCCGGAUCCGAAGAUGACCGCCAAAGCGAAGCCGCCAUCGUGGCCGGAGAAUGCUGACGUGGCGGAGGCUUGUUUCACGGUGAAGCGUCAGCUGGAGGUUAUGCAGGCGGAGAACGGGCUGCUGAGGAAGGCCGUGGAGGAUCUCCGGCGAGAAUUCGUCGGAGCAUCGCCGGCGGGGAGUUUUGAUUCGGGAAAGUACAGAGAGUUCGAUCUGAACGGAAGUAAAACCCCGAAAAGUGAUCGCCGGAGCAGCGAGAAGAAGGCGGCGGAGGCAGAAGCGAGUGAGGAAUUAAAGAAGGCAUUAAAGGGAGCUUAAAUCUUGGGUUCGAAAGUUUGAAUUUGUGGAUUGAAUUAUAUGCUUGUUUAAUUUUUUUUUUUUUUUUUUUUUUUUGUUAAUCAUGGUUGUUUAAUUAGUAUAUCAAUUUUGCGAGACUUUUUCUUUUUCUUUUUUGGAUAAUUUGAUAACGUUUUGGGAACUUUCAAUGUAAAUUGAUUAGGUGAUAUU